ACAACCCGCCUCUUGAAAAGGAAGGUAGGGCCCGGGACACUCAGACCGUGUGUGCGCAGGGCUUAGAGAAAGUAACCCGAGUCGGCCUUUUCGGGCGGAACCACCCCCUCCUACGAGUUUCGCUGGGUCCUCGGCCCCGCCCCUCUUUUAUUCGGAGAGCAGCGCGGGGAGCUGAAACUUUGUAAUCCGAGCGCGCUCGCCCGCGCUCCUCCCAGCCCGAGUCCAGCCCCGAAGGGAGGCGCUGGAGGUGGGACCUGCGGCCGGGAAGGCUCGGGGACGCCGGCGCACGCGGAGCGGAGACCCCGGGAGAGCACGCCGCGAAGAGAAGGAGCUGGAGGGGGAGCGGAGCCCGCGGCCGACGAGCCGGAGGAAGUGGCCCGGACCAUCCGCGCAGUCGAGAGGCGGGGAGCAGCUGGGCCCAAAGGGUCCCGUGCCGAGCCGAGGCCAGGGGCCCUGGGGUCACCGUCCCGCGUCCCCGCAGCUGCCGUCGCCCAGGAGCUGCAGCUGUGCCCGGGCUCCCGGCGGCGACGGGGAGGAGGAGGAGCUGCAGCUGGACGGUGGCAGCUGGAGGAGGAGCCACGCGACUGUCCCGUGUGCCCGGGAAGGGGCCGCGCUGUCCUGGCUUAGCCGCUCUGGGAUGACCCGCUGACCGCGGCCAUGCAGCCUUGACGGGGCGCUCCGGCGCGCGGGGACCAGCCGCGGGGCGCGCCCUCUCGGGGAGGACAGCGGGCCGGGGUAUAAGACUUGAACCGCCGACUCUCGCCCAGCUGGGAGCAAAGCCGUGCACCAUGGAACCCGUGACCAAGUGGAGCCCCAAGCAAGUGGUGGACUGGACUAGAGGGUUAGAUGAUUGCCUGCAGCAGUAUGUCCACAAGUUUGAACGGGAGAAGAUAAAUGGAGAGCAGCUGCUGCAGAUUUCCCAUCAGGAUCUUGAGGAGCUGGGGGUCACGCGCAUUGGACACCAAGAACUUGUGUUGGAGGCUGUCGACCUUCUCUGUGCACUGAAUUAUGGCCUAGAAACUGACAAUAUGAAGAACUUAGUUCUGAAAUUGCGAGCAUCUUCUCACAACUUACAAAAUUACAUAAGUAGCCGGCGGAAAAGUCCAGCUUACGAUGGAAACACUUCCCACAAGCCCCCCAAUGAGUUCCUGACUUCUGUGGUGGAGCUAAUAGGUGCUGCUAAGGCCUUGUUGGCUUGGCUGGACCGGGCUCCAUUUACAGGGAUCACGGAUUUCUCAGUAACCAAGAACAAAAUCAUUCAGCUUUGCCUGGACCUGACCACUACCGUCCAGAAGGAUUGCCUUGUUGCAGAAAUGGAGGAUAAAGUUUUAACUGUAGUCAAGGUUUUAAAUGGCAUCUGUGACAAAACAAUACGAUCUACCACGGAUCCGGUUAUGAGCCAGUGUGCAUGUCUGGAGGAGGUUCACUUGCCCAACGUUAAACCUGGGGAAGGCCUGGGCAUGUACAUCAAAUCAACCUAUGAUGGAUUGCACGUGAUUACUGGAACCACCGAGAACUCUCCUGCAGACAGAUCUCAGAAGAUUCACGCUGGUGAUGAAGUCAUUCAGGUUAAUCAGCAGACCGUGGUGGGAUGGCAGCUAAAAAAUCUGGUGAGAAAACUGAGAGAGAAUCCUACAGGAGUCGUAUUACUGCUUAAGAAGCGCCCUACGGGUUCUUUCAACUUUACCCCCGCGCCCCUGAAAAACCUCCGGUGGAGACCGCCCCUCGUGCAGGCCUCACCUCCACCCACGACAACCCAGUCCCCUGAAAGCACUAUGGAUACCUCGCUGAAGAAGGAGAAGCCGGCCAUCCUGGAUCUUGAUAUCCCUCCUCCGCCGGCCGUGCCCUACUCUCCCCGGGAUGAAAAUGGGAGUUUUCUUUAUGGAGGCUUCAGUAAGUGUAAACAGCCAUUGCCGGGUCCUAAGGGUUCCGAGUCGCCAAACUCCUUCCUGGACCAGGAGAGCCGAACACGGCGAUUUACCAUUGCUGAUUCUGAUCAGUUGCCUGGGUAUUCGGUGGAAACCAAUAUUCUGCCCACAAAGAUGAGAGAGAAAACUCCAUCUCAUGGCAAGCCCCGACCUUUGUCCAUGCCCGCGGAUGGGAGCUGGAUGGGGAUCGUGGACCCUUUUGCCAGACCUCGAGGUCAUGGGAGGAAGGGUGAGGACGCCCUGUGCCGGUAUUUCAGUAACGAGCGGAUCCCCCCCAUCCUCGAAGAGCGCCCCUCGCCCCCGUACCGCUUCUCCAGGCCCCCAGCGGAGAGGCAGCUGGUCCGCGGCGCGGACUACGUCCGGGGGAGCAGGGGCUACCUCGGUUCGGAUCUCCACGGCAGCGCCACCAUCCCGUUCCAGGAGGAGGGGACCCGAAAGAAGCCGGUCUCCUCGGCGGCCAAGGCCUCCUCCACGGAGCCGUCGCUGCUGGUCAGCUGGUUUACUCGCCUGAAACUCUUGACUCACUGAGCUCCGCCCUCCUCGGACUCGUCCCUGGCCCCCGCUCCCAAGUGCCUUGCUUUUUCCGUUGACAACCUGUUCCGGUUUCCAUCCACAGUAUUACGUCGUGACCUUACGCGAUUUCAUUGUUUGUUUCUUUUGGAAGUUGUAUACUGCCCUUCUCGGACUUUGGAAGUGAUUGGAUGGGGACAGAUCACGGAGGAUCUUAGGUGUUGCCUGUGGAGGCCGAAGGAGAGAAAUGAGUCGAGUCUGCUCCUCUUGGCUUCCUUAGGGCGGGAACACGAAGACACACACUGUACACUGGGGCCUGUGCCCGGAAUGUUUUGGUCGUGAUGAGGAACUGGGCCAUGGUGGUGUUGGGGGCGGGGCUGAAGUUGGUGGCCCUGUCACACGGAGGCCUUGGUUUGUGGUCCAUCUUCUUCACCUGAAAAAGCCAGUGGAGAAAACAUUUUUGUUUUGAUUUUUCAAGCUACAUACCCUGUUUGUAAGUGUAGAGGCUUUGACUUUGAAAUAACAUGUGGCAUGCAUUUCCUGCUGUUUCAAAGAAGUGGUUUCAGUAAGUGUAGGCCUGUUGCACUUGGUUAUUCCCUUUUCGUAACAAUCUCAGUAUGUAGGUCAGUUAACACAGAAACACAUGAACACAUUUAGGUAGGGAUUACUACACACAAAGAAGUUUAUGAUUAUUCGUGAGGGGUGUCGUUGUUGUUAUAUAUUAUUGUCUUUAAGGGAAAAGAAGCUAUAAGAUGUGCUGACAGCCAAAGGAUCAUUUCAGAAAAAUGAAGCAACAAUAUUUAGGUUUAUGAGAGAUACAGCAGUUUGCAUUUUGACUGUGUAAAUUCUGUCUUCCAGGAAAAACAAACAAACAGGCAGUUCUUCAAAAUUGUACAUAUUUUGCAAAAUAGAAAUCUCUUGGAAAGUCUCAUGGUCACUAAUUUUCAACUAGCAUCAGGUAUUUUGGAAAAGUGUGUCAAGAUAUUAACUCUUGUUUAAACUGAAUGUAUGAUAUUUUGUUAGAACAGGAAAGUCCUAUCUUGUUAAUUUAAGUGUUUUAAAUAUAGUUGUAUAUUUUUCUUACUCUUAGUCACGUGUAAUUGAAGUAUUUCUGCUUUGCAUCCUGCGUGAAGCUAAUGAAAACGAGGGUUCAGGGUGCUUUCCGAUUUACAAGUGACCCCCCACCAGGCUGCUGCCUCUAUGGGCGCUAUUGUUAGAAAACAAAAUAAACCCUCCCAAGCAUUUUGGGAUUUUUAUGGUUUAGAAGUGGGGGUGUUGAGGAAGCAUCGUACAGUGACAGUUACAUCCGGGGAAUUUUCUGAGGUAUAUUCCUAGGCCGAGCUGGUAUUCCCUGCUCAAAAACAACCCCCCCCCCCCCCCCCAACACCAACACCUCUGGAAUUGUUUACUUUUUGCUCAAGUGCCUGAAAUUCAACGAAUUAGAGCUUCCCUGCAGUUAGUCAACAUCUUCCUUUUUAAGUGCCUCUGGUGAGGCUGAGGGGAUUGAAGGCAGUUGGGCUCCUCCUGUCAGCCCCCGAGGGAGCUGCCGCUGACAGACAGAAGAGGCUUGGAAUGCAUGAUUCAUUGGGUGCUUUAAACACAAUGUAAGGGCAGAGCUUGGUGGGGAGGUCUGGUAAUAAGGCUCUGGAGACUAGUGUGGAAGCUAUGGAAAAGGAAGGGCAUCAGCCUUGGCCUAUUUUACUGUUAGCUUGAGCUGGCUUUAUGCCCAGAAAAGGGGGCGGCAACACUUCCUCUCACUCCCUGGAUUUAGGAGGAUUCUUAGUGCUGUUCAGCUGAGUAAUGAGUUAAGUAGCUUUGGAGGUCUUAGCUGGAAGUUGGCCCCUUUUCUGUGGAGAAAAUGCCACUUGCGAUCGGAUGACCAUCCUCAAAAAUGCAUUUUCAGGAGUCUGUCUGAACUACAGACAGUGCCCAGCUUCAGUUCCUGCACCACAUGGAUGUUUCUGUGACUUUGUUCCCUCAAGCCCUAAUAUAAGACCAGAGAAGCUUCUGGGUCCUCUGCCUUUAUUCUGUCAGAUGCCACAGCUUCAUCUGUUUUUUUACCUGGGGUUUUCUCCUGAAUUGCAUUUGGGAAAUAGAUCCCUGCUUUAAGGAAAAAAAAAAAAAGUUUGUGUAUAUCUCUACCAUUGAGAUACAUAAACAAUAGUUUAAUACUAAUUUCUUAGCCAUUAAAGGAAGCGACUUGCCUCCGUAACAGUCGAGGUUUAAUGGUGGACGUGUGGAAUGACACUUGAAACUUUAAAAGUGAUUUUUUCUUUAACCCUACCAGACCAACUCAACACCCAUCCCU